AUGGUAGCAUAUUCUGUAUUGGGUGUUACCAAGGAAGCGUCCAUUUCAUAUCUUUGCUCUAGCCCCAUUCGUGAGAUGCAUGGAAAAAAAAAAGGUCAGGGAACAAAAGUUUGCCCGUAUACUGGUGCCCACAAAGAGUUCAAUUUCACGUCUCAAGAACCAAACCCUCACACUGCGGCUACCAGCAAAACUGAAACUACUUCACUCCCGUCAUUUACACCACUGGAUCAUAGAGAGAGUGGUCAGCGUGCUUUACUUCUUGAGCUGAACAACAGUAUUACUUUGGGGAGGCGUGUGGUUGCAGAGAGAAAGAGAGAUACUAUUCUCGUUCUAAGCUGGGGUUCGUUUCCGGGGUUUCUUUAUUUCUGUUCUCUCUCUGGUGGUUUUCCAAGACUUUCCUUUAUCUUUACAAUUCCCUUCUUUUGUGUUCCACCUCUUCCAUCAGCUUGUCUAAAAAAUGGNCUUGGUCCACCAAAUGGAGACUGGACCAUAAAAAAUAACGACACUGUUAGAUAUUUCUCUCCACGGUCAUCUUCUUCAGGCUACCAAGUGAAUUCUCAGCAGCAAACGACGCCGUUUCUUCAAGCACAUGGCCAGCUGAAGGAAUCCUCACAGCCCAAUUGUACUAGAGCAGAAAAGAAGACAUUUUCAGCAGCUAAUACAGCUGUGCCUAACAGCAGCAGUGCUCAGAAAAGAACUGCUCCUGCACCGGUAGUCGGAUGGCCUCCUAUACGUUCGUUUAGAAAGAAUCUCGCAAGUGGCAGUUCUUCUAAACCCGGCUCAGAGUCGCAGAAUGUGGUUGGCAGCAAAAUUUCCAGUGAAAAAGCUACCGAAAAUUCCCCUAAAAGUUUGCUUGUGAAGAUCAACAUGGAUGGAGUUCCCAUAGGAAGAAAAGUCGAUCUUAAAGAACAUGACAGUUAUGAAAAGCUCUCCUCUGCUGUUGAUGAACUCUUUAGAGGCCUUCUUGCAGCUCAAAGCAACUUUUCGACUGGUGGAAUCAAGAACGAGGAAGAUGGAGGGAAAGCGAUUACAGGUUUAUUGGAUGGAAGUGGAGAAUAUACCUUAGUUUAUGAAGAUAAUGAAGGGGACAGGCUUCUUAUUGGGGAUGUUCCUUGGCACAUGUUCGUAUCAAGUGUGAAGAGAUUACGUGUACUGAAAAGCUCCGAACUCCCUACACUCUGCCGUGGGAGGAAACACGAGAAGCUCUCUUGAUACUUCACAAAAUGAUACAGAACAACGGAUGAGAAACCGAGCACUAUAUAAUGAUUUUAGGAGACUGUUUUGUGUUUAUUCUGAACUUCUCGAAACAAUUUCUAUGUUAAACCAAGUAAAUUGGUUACCUGUAGUAAUAUUUGAACUACAUUGUAAUUGCAUUUCUGAGAACGCGGGACUUUUAUUUUCCCUGAAGUUUUCAACCUUUUCUUCGUGUGGAGAAAAUAGGUUGAAUGUGUGGUUGCACAAGUUUUCUUGUAUAUACACUGCCAAUCAACAGUAUAUUUUAUGGUGU